UCUCUCUCUCUCUCUCUCUCUCUCUCUCUCUCUCUCUCUCUCUCUCUCUCUCUCUCUCUCUCUCACAUAAAUACCCAUCUGUUUAUUUUGUAUAGAGAGAUAUUAAGUGAAAGAUGAGCAACAAUGGUGGUGGUGGGCCUUGUGGAGCCUGCAAGUUCUUGAGAAGAAAGUGUGUGAAAAGCUGUGUGUUUGCGCCAUACUUUGACUCAGAUCAAGGUACAACUCACUUUGCGGCGGUGCACAGGGUGUUCGGAGCUAGCAACACCUCCAAGCUCCUCUUUAGGGUACCUCCGCACCGCCGUCUAGACGCUGUCGUUUCACUCUGCUAUGAAGCUUUAUCUAGGGUUAGAGAUCCUGUGUAUGGCUGUGUUGCUAACAUCUUCUCCCUCCAACAACAGGUUAUUAACUUGCAGGAAGAGCUAACAUACAUUCGUGCUCGAAUUUCAAUGUUGCAACAAUCACCUUUAUUUCUUUCCACCAUUUCGAUUGUUCCUUUCGAACAUGCUAAAUCUGAACAAACGUCACUUGUAUUACCCGAAUGCUCCAACAAUGACGACACCCUAAUAAGGCCUGAACCCGAAGAGAAUGAUCUAGAAAUGUUAGCUCGAGAUUUCUUGACAAAGUAUGUGUCUACUAACUAACAUUUAUAGAGUUAAUUUGUAUUAAUUUUGUUUUAGGGUUUUUCUCUAACAAACCAUAUUAACCAUUGUGUUAUGUUUCUUAUUCUAAGCUACUUUGGGUGUUGAUAUGAUGUAAUUUGACAUAAUUUACAACUUUUAGCAUAUCAUAUUGUAACGUCCGUGUUUUCUCGCUUGG